AUGGGGGAGAGGUGCCCGAACAACAACUACCUCGAGAGCGACAAGAUUGCCGUCGGACACGGCGUGUGCGGAGACCCUCCUCAGGGCGGCUUGGACAACCCGAACACGUACAGCACCCCGAACACCCUCUGGCCUCCGAUCUCGACGUAUGAGUCGGGAUCCAUCAUCGAGAUCAGGGCGGUCAUCAACAACAACCACUGGGGGCACAUCGAGUACUUCCUGUGCGACACCGCUGACAUGGACGACGCUGACGGCGUGGUGACCCAAGACUGCUUGAACAAGUACCCGCUCGACCGCGACGAGACCGAUUGGUGGAACAGCCCCAUCGACCCGAACUACCCCGGGCGUUUCUUCGUGAACCCCGAGUGCCGCGGUGAAAAUGAAGAGACCGACCAAUCAGGAAGGCCCGAGCUCACUGGUGGCGGCCUCGGCCUGGACAAAGGCUACAUCAACAACGGACGUUACCAUCUGCCCAACAUCCAGUGCGAGCACUGCGUCCUCCAGAUGAAGUACUACGCGUACGUCGGGUGCCACCACCCCGGCUACCACGAAUUCGAGCCCGAGUGGCCGGGAGAUUGCGCGCCGGACAAGGAGGAUUGGCUGCCGCACAAGAACCCCGGUUGCAGCGACGAAGGCCAGAAGUGGGGCAACGUGUUCUUCGGCUGCUCCGACAUCACUCUGGUGGCCAACGGUGAGAUCGACCUCCAGGGCAACCCAAGUUGCACAUGUAGACGCACUUAUCAUAGGGACUUAAGGAAUAAUAUAAACACACAAUUCCUCGUCCAAAUCCCUACCCCGCCGAUUCCGGAGCAGGUACCCUUGUGUAUGUGCUACGAGCACUGCUAUUCCGAGGGAGCCGCGUACAUGGCUACUCAGUUUGGCUUCGAGUGCUGGUGCAGUGAUGACACAGACCUCGACUACUCCCGCCACUCCGACAACAUCGACGGCGGCGACGGCCUGUGCACGACGGCGUGCCAAGGGGACACGUGUUGGCGCGAACGAGCCCUCGACGCUUGCGCAGUGCUUGUGGAUCGGAGGGCGCUUCUGGUCGAAGAGGGCGACGAGGUCGACGAGUACGUGGGGUGCUUCGCCGACGACCCGGAAGAUCGCCUAUUGGGUAACGAAAUCAAGUACCAGCCCGACAUGACCCAGGCCGUCUGCCGCACGUAUUGCGAAGGCUAUGAUGCGCACUUCUACGCGACCCAGUACGGCGACGAGUGCUGGUGCGGAAUGUCUAACGACGAGGAGGACUACAAGAGACACGGGUCGGGAUCAUGUCUCAUGGAGUGCUCCGGUGACCCGGGGACCGUCUGCGGCGGAAACGACGCUUUCAACCUGUACAAGAAUAUGGACAAGCAGUGA